AUGUCAUACCUGAAGAGAUGCCAAGGGAACUUCAGACAGCAACUCUUCAAAGGAACAGAAGGAAAUGCUCUUGUUUUUUUUUUGCUUUCUGGUGGGUUGUGGCUUAAUUGUGGUUUGUCAAUAUUCAUUCUCAAUUUUUUUGUUGUCUUACUUCUCAAACCAGGCACGUUGCAUCCAAACUGCCAGGAUAGCACUGGAAGACCCCGUCGUGACAUCACCACAAUCCUGCAAAUCCUGAACGACCUGCUAAGUGCAACCCGUCACUACCAGGGGAUGCCACAGUCCCUCACACAGCUGCGUUGUCAGACGCAGUGUGCCACCAACACGCCGUCACCUUCGCCACCUUCCCCCGGCUGCUCAAACAAAACUACCUCCGAAGACACAAUGCAGCAACCACUGCAUUCCCUCGUCCAGUGUCAGAGUCAGAUCAGGAUGUGCAAGUCAAGUGGUGACCGACUGAGACAGACGGAAAACCGUGCAACCCGCUGCAAAGUUGAGCGUCUGCAGCUAUUGAUGCAGCAGAAGAGGAUGCGUAGGAAGGCCCGGCGCGAUGCCAGGGCACCGUACCAGUGGCUGCCCAAUCGCAAGUCCAGCCGGACGAAUAGCAACAGCAGCGUAUCUAGUGAUGGCAGUCUAGACUUAGACUUUGAGGACUCUGUAUGGAAGCCUGAAGUCAAAGCUGACAUAAAGUCUGAAUUUGUUGUGGCAUAGACCUACCUGGCAAGGGAGGGUAACGUGCAGGACUUCACUUUUGAUUUCCGAGACCCAAUGUACUCUGAGCAAGCUUGCGGAGAUUUGCAGGUGGAGUAUAGGAAAGAUGAAGAGGGGGGAGAGCGAGCGAGCACGAGGUCUCCUGAAAUCAGGACUGUACACCUGAAAAACUUUUUAAUUCCCACAAAAAACAAAGAAUGCAGUGUGUAGCUCAAGAUGGAAAGAAGUCACAGGAUUAAGUGGAUCUGACAAACGGCAGUUGAUGUGUCUGCAGUAUGAGUAAAUGGCUGCAUUGCGAAAUGGUCAAUUAUGAUGGAGACUAUGGAAGACUUGACAUGCCUGGACAUGAGCAUGCCUUUCCUCAUGGUGGUGACAGCUGCACUAUAAAGCAGCUUGUUGCCAUGGUUGCACUGUUCUUCCCGCGAAGGUAGCAGGAGAGCUGCAAUCACAAAAAAUCUUCUUUGCUUCAUUUGAAGGCCAAUGGGGGUACUACACUUUUAUCGGAUGGAAAAGAAAUGAAGUCUUUUUUUUGUCAAAAAAAACUAUGUAGCAUUGUUCACCGACACACUCAAAGCAUUCAGUUACUGAAAUUUUGCACAAUUUUUAAAGUGUGACAGCAGGUAGCUUUCAUUUUUGAGCAAGUUUGUCCAAUGGUGACUGCAUGUGUACAUGGCAAUGUGUGUGUCAGCCCUGAUGAAGCUCUGGAUUUUGCAGAAGAGGCUAAAGGGUGCGCUGCAUCACAUUAAUGGUGGCCAGUGUCAGACAGAAAAGGCUUAAAUCAUUGGCACAAGUAGAGCUGUUCUGUGGGAAGUGUGGUGUUAAAUUGUCACUUUUUAAACCCUGCUUUGGGGAGAGGGAAGGGGUGGAUCUAUCCAAGGCGAGGCCCAAUAAUGCCCUUUUUUUUUGUCAUUUUAUUUACACAACUGAGCCAGGUCAUUUGAGGUACACUUGUAGUACAGUACUAGCUGGUGUAGACUGUAGAUAAAUUGCAAGAUCCAUCAUUCAAUUUGUCUCUCUUUAUUGUAUUUUACAUACCACAUUUUGGCUUGCGGGCAGAUGUAAGCCAUGUUGGUCCAACUUUCAGUGAAGUCCAGGCAAUGGGCAGUGAAUUAGGCGUGGGAGCAAAGGUAAAUCUUUUCAUCUGGACCUUGGUUUGCACAAAACCUCAUACUUGUUUGUUCUACACAAUACAAGUGUUAUCUAUUAAGUCCAAUGGUACAAGUUUUAAUUUUGAUGCAAUAGCCAGAGUUUCCCUUUUUUUUUAUAUAGCAAAUUUGUAUUUUGGCAUGUGUGCUUUAGGGGAUAUUAAGUCAAAUGCUGCAAAAGCCUACAUGCUCUUUAUUAAAUUCAGAACUUAAUAUUGGCUGUUGUCACCAAAUGGCUCCAUACACUCAGCUGCAUGUGUUAGCUAGUAACUCUUAUUGAAGCCCAGUUUGGAACAAACUUUUUAAGUGUGGAUUGCUAAACAGAGCAAAAUGUAGUGUGUGCAGAGCAUGUACCUAAUUUUCUUUUAUAUAAUUGGGUUUAUGUGGCAUUGGAACCACAACUGCAAUUGAAGUCAGAACAUGAGGAAUCCAAGGUCCUACCAUUGCAAUACUGUGAUGACCUAAUAUUACACAACCCAGUCUCUUCCUUAUCAGUACACAAGUGCCUUUUUGUUCCCAAGUCUACUUCUGUGUCCUUGGCCUGACCAGCUGGGAUAUUUCUUCACAUCUUCCACCUGUGCUCUUAUGGUCUGUGGAAAGGCCAAUUUUUAUUUUUUUUCUUUCCCUGUCUUCCUUUUGUCACUGCAUUCCUUGUCUUUGUCUCGGAACUGAAACCUGUUUAUGCUCGCUACUGUACAAAAAAGAUGUCGGAACACUUCUCCAAGCUAACUCCAUUCUUUCAUCCAGAUGUCUUGGGAUUUGCCAUCCGGAUCCCUGUUUUGUCCUGUACCGUUGUGACUAGGCACACACUGUAACAUCCACUUCUUCUGUUUGUGAACCUCCUGCUCGUAUUUACUGUAGGUUUUUUAUAUAUAUACAUAUAUAUUUAACUGACUUUGUAUUGUGUGCUAUCCAUUGUGCCCCUAUCCUGGUUUUAAAAGAAAAACGUCAAGAUGCAUUAAUUCACCAAUUUGGUGGGGAUUAAAUGUAUGAACACCUCAUUUAAAUAUUCUGUAUUCUUGUAGCCAAUUUAAAAAAAAUACAAUGUUCUAGCUAGGCUGGUGUAGCACAAAUGUGACUGUAUUAAUUUAUAAACCAAAAUGGUGACUGUGAACUAGGUAUUUAUUUGUGCAUUUGAAAGUUUGGGGGAAAAACAACAUCACAGCUUGAACAUGGCCAGGGUUGAUGCAAUUUCCUCCAUGGAAUCUGUACCGGUUUCCAAUAUCCUAAGCAAUACAUUUCAAUGUGACUUGGAACAGGCCUUGUAGUUCGUUUGGGAUGGGAUUAGUUAAGUGCAACCAAACUAUUAUUGUCACUUGGGAUUUUGCAUUUACCUCUGCCUUACACACUUUGUAAGACAAAAGGGUUGGCACACUGUCACCCUGAGCAUUGGAAUGAAGCAGAAAACAGUAAAUUAUAAUGUAUUGGUAUGUAGAUAAACUUACAUGCAUGUAUCAUUAGGACUUGACAAUGGUUUGUGGGACAUACAGUAAUUGGUUGUUAUGUGGUAAUCUGAACAUGUACAAACUUGUAUUAGAUUUUUGUAUAGCAUUGGAAAAAAAACGACUCCACAGGUAUAAAUAAUAAUAAAAGACCAAAUGUUGGUGAUAAUCAUA